AACCUGACACAUUUUAUUCAAGCAUCGAAAUAAACAAUCCGCCAUAGUUGAUUUCGUUAGCGUCAUUUUCGUAGUGCAGAGUAAUGCCUCGCCAAAGAAAGGUUCCUGCAAGGUUUAGAGAUGGUGCUAAUCCCGAUGAAAUAGAGGCUGAAGGAGAAAGCAGUGGAUCUAACCCAGAGAGUCCUCAAAAGAAACAGGGAAAGGAGAGCUCUGGCCCAUCAGAUUUAGUUAGCCCUGUUACAUCAAUGCAACACUUUGGUGUACCUCCCGCCUUUAUCACAGAAUCAAAUACACAUCCUACAGAGACCACUUUGGAAAUAAACAGACCAAGCCAUGAAAUUGAUCCAGUGUAUCCAUGUGGCAUUUGUAAAAGGGAAGUAAAUGAUAACGAUGACGCCAUAUUCUGUGAGACAGGCUGCGCACAAUGGUAUCAUCGUGUCUGCACAGGCUUGACUGAACUAGCUUAUGACUUGCUAACUGCUGAGGAGAAUGCAGAGUGGGUCUGUGACAACUGUAUUGCAACCAAAAGUGUUCCAUUGGUUAAGUUGAAGAGUUAACUAUCAUGUCCUGUUCAUUACCAAUAUAGUUGAUAUAUUAAGUUUAAGCAAACAUGAAUUUUGUAGCAUUUAUGAAUCAAUUUUCAUGUUUACUUGUUUGAAAAUUAACAUACUAGUUAAAAGAUAUGUAAUUUUAUGAGACCUUUUGGGCUUCAUGGAUAAAAAAGAGAGAUGUUUUCAGUUGGUAGGUGUUCAAUAACAUCUUUGGAACACAAGUUCUUUGAGAAACAUUCAUGUUAAGCAUGUGUUAUUUCUCUUACACAAUAACAAUCCUGAUGAUAUGCCUGAAAAAAAUAAGCAUGUAAGAUUUGUUCUACACUGGUUUUCAGAAACAGCUUUCCUUUUUGUCUUUGUUGGAAAUAAAUUUCCAAAAAUGUGUUGGAAACCUCUUGGGUAGUAGUAUUUCUCCAAAGAAAUGAUAGACUGUGCAGUUGAGGAAAAUUAAACCCUAAUGAUGUUAUUCAAGGUGGUUUUGUAUGGUAUUUGUACAAAUUUAACUACAGAUGAAGAAAAUUAGCACUUCUCCGUGAAUUUUUUCCCAAGAUAUUAUUGAUAGUCUAUGAAAUUACUUGAAUUUCUCUAUUUGUGUACAAGGAACAAGAGGUGUCUAUGAGUAGCAUAAUACUCUGCAUCUUAUUGGUCAAUAUGUAUUUCUUCAAAAGGUUGUAGAGUGAAAUAGGGGAUUUCGAUAAGGCUUUUAUUAGAAGUUGAGCCUUUAACUUAAAGAGAAUUCAAUCUCACCACAAACCAUAAGGAAAAAUUUUAGGUUUGGUUAGACUAAAUACUGUAUUAGUCACUCGUGUUCCCAAGUCAUAAGUGCUCAAGUUCAUGCAGCUCCAUUUAAAACUUACAAUUUUUCUUCAAUUUAUGUGGUCAAUUGAAUUGACUCUUCCUUAUGAUUUUUUGGCCAUGCCAAAGAUAUAGACAGUCUUAACAUGAUUACAAUUAUUACUAAUAUCUAAUGUAAACUGGGAAAUUUGAAAGUUGCAAAUAAGUGAAAAAAGUAUGUACCUAAUAUGCAUGCAUUACCCUGCCCACAUACAGAUAGUCUAACUUGUCAUCAUGUAUGUGUGUAAAUUUUGUAUAUAAAUGCUUUAGAAUGAAAACAGUGAACGACACUUAGUUAACUCAACUUCACUUACAAUGAGUGAACAACCAUGUAUUUGACUUUUAUUUCAUCAGUACUUUUCAGUCCAUUAACAAUAUACACCAAUUUACAAUAAAGUUAUCAUAGAAAAAAGCAAAAUGAAAAGGGAAAAAGCCAAGUAGGAAUUAGUUAGGGUAUUAAAUUAUGUUGUGGCAAUAUUGGCACCAAGGGAAUUUUCACACAAUUUCUACUGAAAGGAUCCUUUAAACUUCUUGAGAAUGUAAGAUAUUUGUGCAGAAAAGUUGAGUGGUUCUUAAAUCUAUGUUGGUGUUUUGGUGAAUGGAAUAACUUAAACUAGAGGAUACUGAAAUACCACUGUGUUCUUGACAUUUAUCUUGGUAUGAUAUUUAGGAAUAUUGACCAGACUCCCACAAAUGAUCUUAUUCAUACCAAUUUUCUGAGCUUGUGUACUCCAGAAAAUGGCAAAUUAAACUCGAGUGUUGAAAACACAGUAGUUUUGUAGUAUGCUCAUGUUUUCAUAUUUUGUCAACUGGUAAAACAACAAAAAUUUGAAAGCACUUGACAUUUCUUAACCAAUAGCUAAUACUCUCAAGGAGCAUGUAAGAAUUGUUAAUGGAGUUUGUGAAAAUUUCCCAGCUUCCAGGCAUAAAGCCUUAAAUUUAGAUGCCAAUGAAUUCCCUAGUUGCCCUUUCUUUUUCAUCUUUAUUUUUGUAUUGCAAUCAACAUAUAAAGUUUUAUCUUUCUGUAAUUCAAGCCACCUUAACCUAUUUAGAAAUGAAAAAAAUGAAAAAGAGGUUCAGAAAUUCAUUUGAAUUUAUUGCACCAAAUUUAAAAUAAUCAGGAAAAAUUGCGAUCAAUUGAGUAAUUGGUGUUAAAAAAAUAAGUAAACUAUUUUUAGAAACCUUAACACAGGUUUUCUCGGUUACAAAGGCGUGCAAUUUUAGAAUCCACCUACGGCAUCAGGUUUUCCUCAAAUUUGGGUUCAAGACAAAUUUUGGAAGACAAUACUCUCUAAAUAGAAUUUUUAACUUUAGCUCAGCAAUUGCUGAGUUUUGAUCGACCCACAUAACAUGGCACUCAUGCAAAGGAAUAUCUACCUUAGCCUUUAAACAAGAACAAACAACAUGUUUUCUUCUUAUUGUGUUUGGUAGAUUUUGUGAUAUAUGUAUCGUUAAUGAAGCAAUUCAGUUAUUGUCGUGUUUUUUAUGUGGACAAGCCAGCGGUAUGCGCCAUUGUGGCUCUCUGCUGAUGUCUAUCGUGCACUUAGGAAGUGAUUGCUGAUUAUAGAUUCUGGAAUACGCAAAAUUGAAUGGUGUACUAAAUAUGAUCAACACUUUCACCGCAUAGUAAUGAGGAAAAUACCGGUGAUGGCACAGUAAACAUUACAGAGGAUGUAAGGACUCACAUAAGUGGUUAUUUCCAAGAUAAUAAGCAACAUUGAGAAUCAAGUGAUUACCAAGAUACCAGUUACCUGUAUUAAGCAUGACCCUGAAGUUUAUUCAAGUGAGUACUUUCAAUAAACAAGAUAAUCUGGAGAUCAUAA